GAUGGAAGGAGGAGAGAUUUUGGAAAGGGGGGUGGUGAUCCUCUAUAGCCAAUGAAGAACAAGAAAGAGGGAUUCAAGGGAGGGUGAUGUGCUCAGCUCUUGAAGUCACGGCUCACCGUUUCAGCGUUCAGACAAGACAGGAGAAGACCAGUCUCACAGAGAAAUACUUCCACACUGUCUGGACUCCUCAUUUAGAGGGAUGACAGAAGAAGAGGACGGCUGACUCUGCUCAAGAAGGCCCAAGAAAAUCUUCUGAGUUUCCAGGGGAAGGUUAUAUUGAGAGCACAAGGUGGAUAUAUUCACUGGACUAAUCAAGAAUUAGAGACACCUCCAUCUAGCUCACCUGUGUCUGAAUAAAGGGAGGUGAGAGAGGGACAAGGAGGGACGAGCUCUUAGGCUCCUGUCCAGACAGAAACAUGCCCCCCUCUUCCAGGAUCAAUUAUUCAUAUGCAUGAGGUUUCCUGUGUGUCAGGCUAGCGCAAGGAGGGCUGCGGUGGCUCGGCUCCAAACUGUGGCACAGUGCGCCGCGAGACAAGAGCUGAAGGAGCAGAAAACAGGGGGACAAGAGAGAAAAGGGACCCAAAGAGAAAGAGAGAGUCACAACAGCAGGGGAAAGUAAUUUAAGGAGCGUGUUUGUUUGCCACUUGGAAAGAAUGAAGGCUCUACAGAAGAAUCAGGGACGCACUGACCAGAUGUUGGGAGCCAUGGCUGACGUGCUUACUUCCGUGGCCAUGCCCAAUCAACAGUGGCUCUCAGAAGGGGGUGAGGCGGACCUCCCAUCAAGCGAGGAGGAAAAGGGGCCUGUGCAGGGCCAGUGGGAGCCGGAGGGGCUGGACUGGGAGCAGCAGGCCACUACGACAGAAAUCCCAGAGCGGAGAGAAAGAACAGACUCAUACUCGGCAGCAGGCAGCGAGGGCAGCAUCUCCACAUCUGUGGCGUCCCUGCCCCCGCAGGCAUCAGGCAGCUCGGCCCCCAGCUCCCCGGGCUCCAGACGCUCUGUGAGCACCCUGAAGAAGUGGCUCACAAACCCUGUCCGCAAACUCAGCGUCGGGGCCGCCGGCAAAGGGGAGCGUCAGGUCCGCAAACUUGAGGGAAAGCCUCCACCUCUUCCAUCCCACAGCCAGAGCCAGGAUGUGGGCAGCCCCCCGAGGCCUGAUGAGACCUUCACCAUUCUGCCCGUCACCCACAGAGAACUGGAGUGGAAAGAUGGCCUGGCAAGCCCUGAGGACCUGUCACCAGCCACACUCCAGUCCCCCAGCUACAUAACUGACUCGCUGAUUGGCUGCACGUCACUGCCAAACACCCAGGACACUCAGUCCACCAGUGUUUUGCCAGAUGACAGCGGCUCUGUGCUGAUGGACGACACCUCCAGCCAAUGGUCAGCUGCGGCCGACACUGAGGAGGAGAGGAAGAGUGCCUUAGAGAAAAGCAUGUAUGUACUGAAGGAGCUCGUCGAGACAGAGAAGCACUAUGUGGUGGACCUGGGGCUCAUAGUGGAGGGCUACAUGGCCACGAUGCAAUCCAAAGGUAUACCGGAGGACAUGAAGGGAAAAGACAAGAUCGUUUUUGGGAACAUUCACCAAAUAUUUGACUGGCAUAAAGACUACUUCCUGGGAGAGCUGGAGAAGUGUUUAGCAGAGCCAGAGAGGCUGGCUCAGCUCUUCAUUAAACAUGAGAGGCGUCUGCAUAUGUACGUUGUAUACUGUCAGAACAAGCCCAAGUCGGAACAUAUCGUCUCGGAGUAUAUUGAGACUUACUUUGAGGAGCUGCGGCAGCAGCUGGGCCACAGACUGCAGCUCAACGACCUGCUCAUCAAACCUGUCCAGAGGAUCAUGAAGUACCAGCUGCUGCUCAAGGACUUCCUGAAGUAUUACACCAAAGCUGGGAUGGACACGGAGGAGUUGGAGAAAGCAGUAGAAGUGAUGUGCUUUGUGCCAAAACGUUGCAAUGACAUGAUGAAUGUGGGCAGACUACAAGGCUUCGAGGGGAAGAUCACAGCCCAGGGCAAACUGCUCCAGCAAGACACCUUCACUGUGACGGAGCAGGACAGUGGUUUCUUGUCCCGAGCCAAGGAAAGACGGAUCUUCCUGUUUGAGCAGCUGGUCAUCUUUAGUGAGCCAAUUGAUAGGAAGAAAGGUUUCUCAAUCCCUGGAUACAUCUUUAAGAACAGCAUCAAGGUGAGCUGCCUGGGGGUGGAGCCCAGCGUGGACGGCGAUGACGCCCGCUUUGUGCUGACGUCACGCAACCCCGACGGGAGUGUGGUGCGCUUCCAGUUGCAGGCGUCCUCCCCGGAGACCGGCAGGGCCUGGGUCAAUGAUGUGGUUCAGAUCUUGGAAAGCCAGCGCAACUUCCUGAAUGCCUUACAGUCUCCUAUUGAGUACCAGCGACGAGAGAGCAAGUCUAAUAGCCUGGGCCGCAGCAUGAGGCCCCCUCUGUCUGCCGCCAGUGCCCUGCGGCCCCACUCCUCCGCCUCUAUUGACCGUCAUAAGCUGCCCUCCCUUCACUCUCACAACACCUCCCUGCCCACGCUCUACCUGCCCAGCCAUGGCCAGGGCCAAGGACCCAGCGAGACAUACUCACUGCGGGACCCCACUGUGGUCCAGCCAUGCCCUGCUGACCCCCACACUGUUUCUCCGUCACAUGUCCAACUGGGUUUCACUGAUCAGCCAAACUGUCAAGCUGUGUCAAAUGGGCUGUACACACCCACCACACAAAGUGCACAGCAGAGAGCAGGAGAGGGCUGCCGAAGAGGUCAGGCUACUGAGGCUGGGAGCCAGGCUCCAAUGUCGGGCCCCUCAGCAGGACGACGCCCCAGCAACCUGGCUCAGCUGGCCGAGGAUGACCUAUGAACUCUGAUGCUAUCUGUCUCCUGGGUCAGGAGGACAGCGGCUAACGCCACAGCUGUGGAGACAAGAGGACUUGUCUACUGUGUGUAUGCCAGGCUGGACCCUUACCUGGUUCAGUCAUGAUUUCUGCAGGACAAUGAAGGAACCUGAACAUAUGAAGGAAUUAUGGACUAUAAAAUCACUUUGCUCCUGUUUUUAGAGAGCCAUUCAGUGGGAGGUGGUGAGACUUGGCCACCUCGAGAGUACAUGAACAGCACCCAGUGGGAUGUUACUGGGCUCAGUGAAAACACUCAGUGGACACUCAGUGUUAUGACAAUUUCUGCUUUUUACCUUUUUGAGAGUUUGUAUACCAUACUCGUCUCUCUUUCAAAGGGCAAGGGGAAUUUGUUUGAAGAAAUAUCCAUUCCUAAUUGGGGCGGUCACUGGAGUUGCGUGUGUGCCUGAGUGUGUGCAACUAAGUGUGGAUGUGUUUGAGUGCGUGAGAGUGUGCAAAGAGUGGCAGUGGCUCCUCUUGUACCCUCUGGUAAAUUCCUAGAUAAUGUUUUUUUUUUCUUCUGAUGCCCCAUUGUGAAGACAAGGACAGCUACAUUAAUACAUUUUGUCAUUCCCCUGCUGACAACUGCUGUUUGUGUCGACAAGAAUGGGAAAGGCAGAACACUUGAUGUGAAUACGCCACAAGGACUUUACUCACUCGAAUUUCAACUGAAAGUGAAGAACUUUCUUUCUUGCCACAGCGUUGAGAGCCCCGGUGUGUUCUCUUAUUCUGUUUGACCAGCCCUCGUUUGAUCUGGACAAAAAAGGCGUGAGGGAGCCCCCUGGAGGUUCUCUGUGGGUAUGACGUCACUUCGGAAUACUUUUUUGCUCUUUGGGCAACUCCAGAGGAGUUGCGAGAUACAGUAGGUGCAUUCAAAGGGACUGCUGUGCUGACCCAAAGUGUUGCAUGCAACAUCUCCUUGGUGAUUGACUGACACGUUGCUACUUUACACAGAUCUUUCUUUCCAGGCCGAAGUGCAGUGCUUGUGGUUUUGGGGACACUAGUCCUUAAACGUGCAUUGGUUUAAACUAAUAUGAAUUGUUUUAUUAGUCCACUGUUGUCAUGUCAAGGCUGUGCACCAUUUCUAUAAUCUCUGUUAGCUUUUGCCCUCAUGAACUAAAUACUGUACAGUGCAUACCAUAAAGGCAAUCACACAUUUCCACUUGUAAGAUGAAGAAUGGGGGGCGGUAUGCCAAGAAGUGUCACUGUUCCAGUUGGUUAAAAUGAAGGAUAAUAUGUUGCUGGAUAAACAGAGUGAUGCUGAUGAAUCUGCAUGCUCCCUCUUCCUCAGACAACAGUGCCAAAAAAACAAAACAGCAGCUCACCACUCAAACGUUUCAUGCUCGUACUUAUAGUUCAGUUUGCCACUACUCUUACAAAACAACUGUAGAUACCUGUGUUACUAUCUGGAUUGUAACGCCUGAGUGACAGCAAGAGGAGAGCGGAGUAGAAGGAGGCGGCUAUCCUGUCAAUAUCAGGUCAGUUCUUCUCCGUGGCCAGUAGAGGUCCCCACAAGGCUUUGACUUCCAGUUAGAUCAUACAGCUGCACCAAAGAUCAAUAGGCCUCAUAUUUCAGUGUUCACAGUGAAGCCGAAGCUGCUCAAUAACCUGUCCCGAAACACAAUAAUAAAUGACACAAAACAAACUGAUAGGUGAGUGGAAGCAUCUCACAGGAUCCAUCUGCAGUUAAUGUGAACUGGCGUGUGUUCAUGGGAAUUACUGAUCAGGCAGUUUUGCUUCAAUAAUACCACUACAGAGAACCAAAGCAGGACAUAAAACCAGGAGAGGGUUGGUUAAUGCCAUGUUUGACUGUGUAGAAACUGUUGUAUCAUAUCAAAUAAAAAGUGACUUUUUGAAACA